UUGAGCGGCUUCUUACGUGCCAUAUAACGAUCGAUAAAAAAUUCCUUCGCUUUUCAUACCAACUGCGUUUUCCAUAGACAUUUACAUAUCGAUGCAGAUGUGUUUAAAGAUGAAUUUAUAAUCAGAUGACGUUUUUUAAAAUUGAGGCUAUAGAAAUAAAAUCGAAGGAAAUUCUUAGCAUUCUGAUUGUCAUAAUUAAUUGUUUAUCGUCAAAAAAGUGUUUAUUGUCUUCCAAAAGUAUAGAAAGAAUCUGACAUUGAUGAAAUGGUUAAUUGACUGCUAUUUCUAUUGUUAAAUUUGUUUUGUCACUUUAUUGUCGAACUAUAACAGAAAACAAUCUACAAUAAUCAAUCUACAAGAAAAACAGAAAGCUAAAAUCUUUCAGACAACCCAUUACCAGCUAUCUGCUAACCGUAAUUGCAUCUAGGAGAGAGAAAAGAAGCUACCUUGAGCAGAACAAAACACAAAUUAUGACCACCGACUUCAUUCUUAGCAAAGAUUAAAUGUGUUUUACAUUUACGUCAGUUAAAUUCUGCUCAUCACACGCAAUUAGCGAGGAAACAACUGCGAAAAACCGUCUGUUUUUUUUUCGAAACAUUUCACUUCAGGGAAAAAAUAUUGACCGAUUGGCUAGUAAAAACGUCGCUCUGAACAGUUUUAUAACGACAGAUUUGAAGAUUUGCGGAAUUAGAAAAGGAAAUAACGAAUAACAUGAGGUUUGAAAAGCCUUCUUCUUUUUAGUGGUUAAUAGUCUAAUUGGGGACAAUUUUGAUAGAAUGGACUUCUAAAGUUUAAACUUAGAACCUUAUUUUUUACACAUUUUGAAUCAAUUUUGAUACCUUCAUUAUGAUCGAGUAUAUUAUUAUCUAAUAUAGCUGUUUUAUUUGAAACCCAAUUUUCCUGAAAAUGUAUUGAAAAGGCCAGUAUUUUGCAUUGGGUACGAUCCUUAUUGAUUUAAAAGUGACUUGCAAAAAGAACAAUCAAUAUAUACCCUAUUUUGUUGACUUUGUUAUUGAUUGUUACCUGAAAAUUUCUAUUAAAACCGAAGGAAACCUGGACUAUCUACAGGAAAGGAGAGAGAUAAAGAGAAAGAAUGUGAGGGUAAAAAUCGAGACAGGAAGCUUCAAUUUUUCGACUGCCCCGCCGCUGAAAAGAAACAUUUGUGGCUGCAAAAAUGUUCAAACAGUCAGAUCAACUUACAAAAUCAGAUGGAAAUUGGUGGAAUGUGGCGGCACCCAAAUCCUUUCUUCAAAGAGGGGUCAACAUGCUGUCUGACUUUGUUGCCACUCCCGCUGUGACCGAAAACUCCGCCCAAAGCCCCGCCCAAAACGCCAACGUCAUUAAUGAAAACGAAAAUAGACUCGAUGAAUUCGAGAGCUCAGCUGAAAACGCAGACAAAAAAGCCGGAAUUACAAGUUCAAGUUCGGAACAAAAAAAUCAGACCAAUAAAGCGAAUCAGACGAGCACGGGAAAAGACAGCGUUAAGUCGUUCCCUCUGAGCGCUAUAGUAGACGCUGGUUCAUCAACCGCUGGAUCAUCAUCUGAAGCUGCGAAUAUUUCUCUGAAUUACACACCUGACCAGAUUGAAGAAGAAAAUCAGGAAAACUCAACGUUUGUGGAAACAGAAAAAAGUGUUUUUUCGCCUUCUGUCGCUGACAUUGACCUAUCAGCUUUGCCUCACGGAACUGAAGUGCAUUUAAACGAUGAAUUCGAAUUUCCAGGUUACGCUUUUGUCGAAACUGAAGAAUGCUCAGUUGGCCUAAAUGAAAAUUAUGGAUUAAAUAAUUGGCGUGAAUCAGAUCGAAAUAUUCCCACAAUUGUGAACUCAAGUUAUUACGAGGAGCAAACGGAAUCGAAUCUUAAUGAAAACGAAGGAUUCGACGAAGAUUCUUACGAAGAUUUUUACGGCGAAGCGCAAGUUGAAUUCGACGCUAGUUUUUAUGAAAACCCUGCAAACUAUGCCAAUGUUUCUACUUUCAUGUACCCUGAUUAUUUUGGAUACCAUUACGAACCAUUCGAAACAAGUACAUCGCAGCCUAUCAAAUCAAAUCACCCGUUAACGAAAUGUUUCUCGAUUCCCGAAGAACCCGCAAGCCCUGGCUAUGAAAUGAGUCAUGCUCGCCUAAAUGCUUCGGAAGUUUCUGAAAACAACGGAAGCGCAGAAACAUCUGAUAUGAGCCAAGUAAACCCAAAUCCACCCACAAACUCUGCUGAUCGUAAACUACACACAUUGCAAAAUUCGACAUCAACUGAUAGUUUAAACGUGUAUAAAAGCUACUUAGAAUCGGUGGCCAAAGGUUUGAAAAGAAUCGACGACGAAAAUGACGACUGUCCUGAAACGUGUAUCUUAGACGAUGACGAAGAAGAGGACUUGUACGAGAAUCUUCAUCUACCACAAGCUUCAGAAUUAUCAAAGAAAGAUGAAAUCAAAACAGACGUGGCACCGGAAACCUCUUUGACGGGAACUAACGAUCCCAAAACUUCCUUUGUACCAGAUGAUAUCGGAUCUCUGGAAGCGGAGUCAUGGAUACAAGACCUUCCAGAUCUUCCAACAAUUUCUGGAUAUCGUGAUGAAGAUCGAAGCAUUUUGGAACCUGACGUUGAAUUAAACUACGAUCAAAACAGAUUUCAAGAGUCUGGCCAUUUCGAAUCCUAUAGUGCUUAUCAAAAUGAUUACGAAGAAGAUCCUUUCAAAAUAGUUUACGACGACUAUGAGCCAGAAAUUGAAGCGCUGUGUGAACAAACCGAAGAGGAGAGUGAAAUAAAUCCUUCUGUUGAUAUGGAGGUGGAAAAAGUUAGGAAUGCCGAGGCGUGUUUGACAGCUGCUUACGGUGUUUUGGCGCAGCUGCAAGGACUGGAAUCUGAAUUGGAGACCGACAUUGUAGAAGACGACUUCAAUGCAAAUUUUCCAGAAGCAAGCCUAGACAAACAACCGGAGCUUGAAAUCAGGAGUAGUCAUCCAAAAACAUUUCAAGGCGAAGGAUUUGAGGCUGGGUUGGAAAAUGUGGCAGAAAGUGGUUUUGGGGGAGAGAGGGGGGAUGGGUUAGAAGAGAAAGUGGGAUCGAAUAAAAACAUCAAUUCUGGUUGCAUUACCGCCACACAUACCAACUACAGCCACCCUGACGAAAAUAAUUCAGAUGCAAAUCUAUCGGCUUACGGAGAUUGUAAAAAUGAGCAGAGCAGUAAAGACGCAAAUAAAAGCUUCCUAAAUAGAAGUAAUGAAAAUUUCGAUUCAAUUCACCCCUCAAACACUUCCGCAAAUGUGGUUGACAGGGUAACUACACUACCAAUUGAUACCUCUGAUUACGAACCCAGUUUAUUUACACAAGAGCAAAAAAACCCACAAAAUAGUGGAAAAAAUUCAGUUUACGGGUCUGAUUUUAACAGCUCUCCAGGUUCGCCUCAAAUUGCGAAACGCGAGAGAGUAGGCAUUAGUGGAAUCACUGAAAUGGAUUCAUUGCCAAGUUCAAGUAGCGAUUCGAGCGUCGUUAAAGCGGAGUAUAAGCUAAGGAGAGAUAAAUUCCUUGGCCGUGUGGGAAGCGGUAGUACAAAUAGCAAUAACAGCCCUUCUGUGACAAAUUCCGCUGAAAAGGAAGUGCAGAUUAAUUUAGCCCAGGAAUCAACAGAAAACCCCGCCCCUCGCUUAGACUCAAGUCAUCGGUCAGAAUUUGAUAACCCAUUUCCGCUAUCACAAACAGAUGUAUCUUAUUUUAACCCGCCAAUAGAUCUUAAUCAGGAAACAGCCCUCAAAAAUUUCCCAGAAAAUCGAAUUUCAGUACAUUUGGAUGAAAGUGCGCCUGAAAAUUUGCAAAACGCUCGCCCGGAAGAUUUUUUGAAAAAUUCAGAAAUGGACGAAAAUGCGGCAAGGAAACAAGUUGAACACGCUUUGCGCUCGGCAAUGAGUUCGGAAAAUACGAAGUUUGACUACAAGCAGUUCUCUUUGGAUUUGGACUUAGCGGAUAUUCAAAAUGUUCUAAAAGAAAUUGAGCUCAUGAGUCAAGAGCAAGAACAAGAAAAAACUCACGAUUCUUAUUUUGAACUCGCGAGUCAGGCAAAUGAAAAUAAACAAUCGAAUUUUGCUUUUCUGAGUCAAGACCAAAAGAAUAUGUCUGCCAAUUCUCAAUGGGCGAAACACGAACAAAAACAAUUUAGAGCAAAUUUCGAAAGAGUCUCGAAGACAUUUGAAGAAUCGCCGAGCGAGUCAACAAGUCGGUUUUUAUUUGGACGCGGCGGGCCGACUUAUGAGCGAGCCGAGAGCGAACCACAGCAGUGGCUCACUGCGUCGACACGACUUGAAUCCGAGGAAAGUGUCCAAUCAGAAGAAAGCCGAUUAUCCGUCGUGGAUAUUGACAAUUUUAAUCUCAGUUCCAAAGUCGGGGACAAAUUUCUUACACAAUCUUCAAUUUCAAAUAGCUACCUUGACAUUCAAGAGACAAAAAUUUCGAGCAGUACUUCUGCUAUCCAUAUUGCCGAAGAGUUUGAUAACUAUUACGGUAAUAUGUCACCAGGUUACGCAACGAGUGACGUAACAAUCACCGAAACCCAUUUCUCCGACGACGAUUACGCAAUAGAUAACUCCUUGUACGAGUUUGAACACAACGAACCUUACCAAUAUUUUGCGAGUUUUGGAGCUGUUGAAUUCAGCGAACCCAAAAACAGUUUUCAUUCUUUUGAAGUUGAUGAUUAUCAAACGGAACCCAAUCGGAAUGAUCUUGAAGAUGAUGUAUACCCUUGGGUCUUUGGUAACACGGAAAGUGCCGAAGUUCCUAAAAACGACAAUUUCCAGUCUGCUUAUGACCCUCAAAGCUCUAAGAACUUCACAAAUUACCAAACCAUUGAUGAAGAUAUUUCGCCUAGAAUCAAUUCAACUUCUGAUAAUCAGUUAGAAAUGAAUCAAUUGGGUUUUGAAAGAACAGAAUCGCCAAUUUAUGAAAACAUACCAUUCAAGAUGCAAAAUCUAAACCCUGAAAGUAUCAUCAAUAACGAAAAUUGUUUGGAGUCUCCCAACUUCGAGGCAGAAUAUUUUCCCAACUCGUUUGACCAAAAUGAAAAAACUCCAGAUGAUGUUCAUGCUCCAUUCUCUGACGUAAUAUAUGAAGAUAAUUUUUCAAACUACCAAAAUGAUGGGCUCGAAGCUACGGAUGCUGGAAAUAAUAGCGGUCAGAUUUUGAUCUCCGAAGCGCCGCCGGAAUCCGAACUUCAAAGCGAAUUCGACUCUUACCAGGGUGGCAUUCCAAUGCCUGAUGAGUUUGAAGAAAGCUUUUCAAGUGUUUAUUACGGGUCAUCUUCUGAAAAAAACCCAAAUAACAUUCACCCUUCAAUUGGACAGGAUAAUGCGUUUGUUUCCGCUGGGGGAAAUUUCGAUUUCAAAUCGCAGACCGCAGCACAAAGGUGUGUAAUUGGCCUGCAGUCAACUGGGGAUAAAGGAAAAGAAAUUUUGACGGCCACGGAAAAGGGAAAUUAUGGUGACGUGAUUGUGUCUUACGCUUCAACCGAAGUAGCUCCUCCGACUACUUUGCAAAAUGAAACCAAAAAAUAUUUUCAACAACAAAGCAGCUCUCCUAAUUGUAAUUUAUUGAAAGGACUGAAAAAUAUCGAUACAAAAACAGAUGCAACAGCAUUUGAAUUGUCUAAAAGCAGCAGCGGCAGUCAAAUUUAUAACAAUUAUAAUUCGCCGCUCAAUUCUUCUUACCAACAUACCAACAUCGAAACAGCGUCUGAUUUUUAUCUUUCUGAAACUAACAGAGUAGAGAUUUCGGAAGAUAUGAUGUCAGCUAAUUAUUUUCAAAAUGAUACGUGCGAUUCGGGUAUUUCCAACAUUUACGAUUCAUUUACGGACCCAAAAAGCGAGUUAGAAAGUAAUAAUAAUAUUAACCCCGAGCUCUUUUCGUCAGAAGUUGAGCAAAAAAAAUUGGCGGAAAAAUUUGCGAUCGAACAAAGCAAUUUAUUUGACCUUUGGAUGCGAGAGAAAAAAGCAAACGCAAAAAACAAACAAAAUGUCAAUAGUUCUGAAUCGAGUUCGGCCAAGCGAGAAGUAGGAUUACAGACCGGAUUGUCAAUCGAUCAACAAUCGAGUAAAAACGAAGAAAACGUGGCCGAAAAUGUUAAAAUUGAUGACUUGAAAAGGCGCAACUUGAGGUCUUUUGGAACCGAAAUGAGCAUUCAAAUUGACACGAACCAAGCGCAAAACUUGAAAUUGUCGAGCCAGAUUUCGAGUCAAACAAAUAACUCGACCCAUAACGAAAGAAAAUCAUUAACCAACAGGAAUACAAGCCCAUUAAAAAACCCAAAUGUGUGUCAAUGUUGCGCAAAUAAUUUAGACAAAACCACGUCAAAAAUGAACCCGGGCAAAAUAAUUUCGGAAAUACGAGAUUUACCGACGUUUUCGGAGUUUAAUUUGGGCUCGAAUAUCAUAAACAGCGUUUCCCAGUUUGAAAAAGAGCAGCUGAUUAAAAUGCUACAAGCCAGUUCAAUGUAUACAUCGCCUAAGUGUUGCACAAGUAUUAGCGGAAACCCAAGUAAUUUUUCUCUAUCCGAAAUAUCGCAAAAAGAACCGGGAAAUUCUAAUGAUUUCAAAAACUCAAGCAACAAAUCAUCUCUAGAUACUAGCGAAUGUAAUAACUGCAAUCGAGUUAAACUUGACACUCAAUCAUCAUUGUCAAUAUCCGGACCUGAAAUGUACAAGCAUCUUUAUACAUGCAAGGAUCCCGACUGCUCAACUAAGGUUCCCAAAAUUGCCGAGACUUCCCAUUUGAAUCAGCAUCAUCAGUUUGAUUGCCAAUAUACAAACAAUCGGCCAAUUGAACUAAUAACUGGAAGCGAUAAUAUGCAUAAACAGUUAUAUGACAGCAAUGGAAAUAGUUCAUUAACUAAAUGCAAUUUGCGAGAGAUUUAUUCAAACAAAGAGUCGAAAUCCGCAGUCAGUGAAAAACUGGGGGGUAUAAAAGAGUCUAAAAAUGAUGGGAAAAAUGUCCAAAAAGGAAUACAGAUGAUGAAUCUCCCCUUGGAAGCUCUCGGUGGAACAAUGGCGGCUGCGACGGGAUUUGAGGAAUACAAAACUGAGGAAAAAAGCGCGGGGCUUUGUUGCAAGAGCUGUGGCCAAAUGGCCAACGACACACAAAGGCUGUUGUCAGAAAAACUAGCAUUAGAGCGUCUUCUUUUUUCGCCAGAGAAUAGAGGGGAGGCUUUAUCUUGUGAAUUACCUGGGGAAGACCUCGCUUCUAGUGCUGACAAGUUACGUAUUGGAGUAACUAAAAGCAUAAAUAGUAACUCUAAUAUAUACCAUUUUUGUAAUAGUACCAGUGGUGCAACAAAAAAUAAUGCAACAAGAAACAUUAAUAUAGCAACAACAGGGUCUAUUGUAACAUCAAGCAAUAAUGGAACCAGUGUUACAAGAACGUCUUUACUUACCCCAACUGAAUUUUCCCCAUGCCUCCAACCCAUUCAUAACUCAAUUCAAUAUUCGUCUUCAACAGCAACGAGUGAAAUUUUGACGUCAUCAUUUCACAAUUUCUUCACGUCUUAUCUUCUCUCGAACACUAUUUCACCUUUGCUGUCCAAAACAGAGUUGACCGAAAGCACAUCAAAGACUGUAAAUACUACAGAUUCUAAUCUGAGUUCGUUGCCUACGUUUAAAUUCACCUAUGAAGAUAACUUGGCAUCCAAUUUAUCGACUAGAAAAAGCCAAGAGACAUCGGAAAAUUUGCGUUUUAGAAGCUUAUCUUACUUACGAGAUGAGUUAAUAAAUUCUUCAGAGAAUUUAAACCAAGAAGUUGAUGCAAUAACUAACAAAAAUGGAAUUUCUAGCUCGAAUGUAUCUGGAAUUUUUGACCCCAGUAGUAUCGAAACGCCAACACCUGUGGACGUUACAGAAACCCCGCUGCUGGCUAAUCUUGGAAAAGGUUAUCUGGAAUCGAAUCUAUCCAAGUUUGAAUUGAGCCAGAUCCACCAGGAAGCCAUAGAAGCCAGAAGAAAAGAAGAAGAGCUGCAGAAAUUGGAAUCGAGACGUCUCAAUGACAUCCUCGAAUUGUGUUCUUCCAUAUCCUCACGACCUUCCUCGUCAACGUCAAUCUUAGACGUUAAAUACUCGACCAAACCUGAUGUUGACAAAUUCGAUCGACGCAACAUCACCAGCAGAGAUAAUAGAACCAGUCCUGUAGGCUCUACUGGCGAAAGCAGUGCCAACAGCAGUGCAGGAUCUCACACCGUGAAAAACUUACAGCAGCACCCUUCAAGCGUGAACAGCUUACAACAGCACCCUUCAAGCGUGAACAGCGUACAACAGCACCCUUCAAGCGUGAACAGUGUACAACAGCACCCUUCAAGCGUGAGAACAUCACAACAGUACCAUUUAAAUGUGAACAAACACUACCAAAUACCGCAACAGAAGAAUAGGAAUAGUAACCUUCUACAAGAAAUAACAGAGGGUGGGGACUGUUUCGACUUAGAGGAUUUGGACUCGAUUAGAUUGAAUGAUAUGUACAAACAGAGAUCGAGAAACCACAGCUCACUAGAGAGAAGAAAUUAUGCUUCUAGUUCAUCGUCUAAUUUCCAGAAGCAUUCAUCCGUACGCCAAAACCACCCCCACCCGCGACCUCAUUCCUCGACGGGAACCAGACACCCUACCCCCUCCUCCCCAUCUCUGCAACCCCAUAAUAACUUCACAACUCGCAGAGGGGCCAUGCAAACGCAAGAGGGUCACCACAGUUCAUCACAGCAGGAGAGACUCAAUAGUGGUGGGGGGAAUUUGGGUCAAAUGCAGAGAAAAUUAGAACUAUUGCAAUCUGGAUUUGACAGUUGUACUAAACAGUCAGUUGCGGAGCUGCAGUGGUUGAAUACGAAGUAUGAGAGGGAACUGGCAGAUGCUCAGAAGGAGAGGGAGUGUCUGAAACAAGUGACUCAUAAAAAAGACAUGUCAGAGACAUCUGUCACAAAACUAUACAACCAGGAAUUGCAGAACGUGAGCAGUAUGGCUCACACGAUAGAGUUACUGAAGGCACAGCACCAGAUCACAGGCCAGCAGAUAGAAGUGUGUCCAGAAGCCCACAGGGAACAGUGGCUCAUACAAUACGCGAGUGAGGCCAACCAACUAGCCCAGUGUCUGAAAAACUUUGAAGCUCUGCAGCUACGGGUGAACAAACUAGCUGAAGAAGCCUCCCGGUCCAUUUCCGUGUCAAUAUCCUCGUCCACAGCCUCGUCCCACCCCCUAAAUUCUUCCCAGCAACCCGGACAGGAGUUUCAUGCAACGGCUUCAUACCAACAGCUAGCUAAUGAUGAACAAGUUCUGGCCGAGAAAGUUAGAGCCAAAGCGGUCUUCAUAGACAGCUUGGAAACCAAGAUGAAGAAAUUAGAUCUGCAGAUAGAAAGUGACCGAAGGCAGUUCGAAGCAGAGAAGCAAAAUCUACUGAAUCACAUACAAAUGCUCGAAACUGGACACAACACUAAUGAGUUCGACCAAUCCUUGUUGUCAAAUACUCAAAGCUCUCCUUUCGAACUCGGAUCUCGAUUGUCUCAAAUUCAUACACAAGGAAGAUCCAAUUCGGCGCUCGGUCAUUCGUUACCUUUAAAUCCGAGACUGCUUUCGCCGUCGCCCCCAGACAACAUUCAUACUCGUCGGAAAACGAGAGACACAUCGUCGCGCCAUAACAGAAACAUUUCACAACCAGGGUUCUAUGAUUCAAUGCGCAAUACGCCGACAAAUUUUAUCGAAAGCUCCUCCGACAAUCCGUUUUUCUAUACAAAUACUCGUCUAAUUGAUCCUAAAAUUCCAUUUAUCGGAUCCAAAGCUAACGUAUCACACGAAAACACAAAAUCUAUCCAUGAAUCUUUUGCGAAUACCUCUCGGAGUUUUCCAGUCGAAGUAAUAAACGUCAGCUCAUCAAGAACUACUGAAAUGCCAGACUAUCAACUUAUACGCGACAAUCCAAACUUAAACACAGCUUUAGGAGUCUUUAACACAAGUUCAAAUCCAGGUGUACUAAGUGCAGCAGAUUACGCUAGACCUAACUAUCAGUCGCACAGCGCAACUGCUUCUCCUGUACCUUCAAGGACCAACCGUCCUAUUCGGCCAAUCGCGAGCAGCUUAGGGAUGAAGAUACCGAAUUCAUCAAUGCAUACACCAGCGAGAUCAAGUUUUGCAAACUUGGGACCCACGAAUCACGGCAUGUCGGUAUCUCCUCUGCCUCAGAAUAUUGGAUCCCAAAAAAUGCAUCCAGCAUCCUUAGGACCAUUGAAUCCAAAUAGCAUAACAUCACAGAGGCCACUAGCCAAGACCCAUAUAUCUAGCGUUCAGCAACAAGUGACUGGCCUGCAGAUCCCAGGGUUCCUGCAGUCUUCGCAGCUUGGGAACCUUGUCUCUGGGGUUCCAAAUAUUGCAGGGAUCCCUGGUGUUGUCGGAGUGCAAAAUAUAACGGGAUACCAAAAUAUUCCUGGAGCCCUAAAUUCUAGCGGAUUGCAGAACGCUUCAGGACUCCAUCGAAAUAUUUCCAGUUUACCCAAUCAAACAAUCGGUUUUGUGGCCCCACAUCAGCAAGCAUCAGCAAAUUUUCCAUUGACCAAUCAACGAGGAGUAAUUCAACCAGUUUUGACCAAUCAUAGUUCCGUGUCAAAGUCAUCGCAGUUAUAUGAACAGGUAUUUCCGGCGUCAAGAACUUCGGUGCCCGUGAACAGAUUGUCUGGAUUGUUGAUUCCUGCUUCCAACUUCCAAACAAACUCUGAUUUAAGACAGGCUUCAAGUGCUGCAUUCUAUCAAGAUUCGCAGAAGAGAUUUUGAGGGUGCUCUUACGAAAACUGACACUAAAACAAGGAACUCUAGAGCAUCAAAAACUCAUCAAGGAUUGUUUCGAAUUGAAGAGAACGAAAACGAACAAAAAUAUAGUCACAAUCAACAAAUUUAGAAUUCUGUAAAUGAUAACUGUAUUAAUCUGCUUUUGUUUCUAUUCAACAAAGCAAAUUACUGUAGAUUUUGGUUAUUGUAAAUUUUGAUCCGCAAUCGAGACGCUUCAGCGUUGGUGCUAUCGGUUAUAAUCUUUA